CGGCCUGAACGGCUCCUUCCCCCGUGAGCCGCGUCGCUGCAGUUAAUAGCCGAGAAAAUCAGUAGCGAAGGCGUCUCCGCCGCUGGGCUGGAGGGCGAUGGUUCGCGGCCUGCGGAGGUUGCUCAAGUAGCCGGGACGAGACGCGAAGCGAGACUUGGAUCAAAAUGUUUUCAAAAUGGGGCAUGUCAAUGCAAGGUGUCUACAUUCUCCUGAGCAUUUACUACUUUGGAGUUUCAGAUGGGAUUCUGAACAUGUGUGGAUAUAUCGUCCCAGAGUCACCAGUAAUAUUGUCCAUUGGUUCCAAUUUUACAGCAUUUUGCAUUCUCUAUAAUAAUUGUCCUUAUGGCAAAAUUCGUGCUGAGCAAGUUAUCUGGAAAAUGAAAACAACAGCUGUUCCUAAAGAACAAUAUAGCAUAAUAAAUGAAACUGUUUCUAGUGUAACAUUCAAUGAUACUAGUACAUUGGUUUCUCCUCUGACUUGCAACAUUUUAGUACCUGGUGGUUUAGUACAGAACAUCUAUGGAAUUCAAAUUGAACUGGGCUUUCCUCCUGAGAAGCCUACAAACUUAAGCUGCAUUGUGAUUCAGACAGAAGCAUCAUCCUUUAUUCAUAGAUGUUCCUGGGAACCUGGAAGAGAUACGUUAUUGAGCACUAAUUAUUCUUUAAAGCAUAGGUGGCCAACUUCAACAUUUUCUGAUUGUAUACCUCAAGAUAGUAAUAAUUCUUGUACUAUUCCUGAUGUCGUCUUUUUUGUCACCUUGGAAAUGUGGGUACAAGCCAGAAAUGAACUUGGAGUAGCUGAAUCUGACCACAUUAAAUUUGAUCCCAUAACUCGUGUGAAACUACUGCCUCCACACAAGCUGUCCCUCAAUUCAGGAGAAUUUCCUAGAAUCCUAAGGAUAUCAUGGGAAAACAGAUUUAAAGUAACUCAAACCUUGAAAUAUAAAAUUCAGUAUAAGAUUUUGAACAGCAAUGAUUGGACUGAGAUUCCACCUGAAGAUACAGCUUCACGGAGAACUUCCUUUACUCUCCAGGCACUCGAGCCAAAUACAGCGUAUCAAAUUAGAUUGUGUUGUGGAAUUAAUUUGUCAAAGUACUGGAGUGAUUGGAGUGAAGUAAUUGGAUUCACUGCUGAAGACAAACCAUCUAAAGGACCAGUUCUUUGGCGUAACAUUAAAACUUCUGACUCAGCAGGAAAUUGGACAUUAAGCCUUCUUUGGAAGGAGUUGAGUCCUUCUGAAGCAAAUGGAGUAAUUUUGGAAUAUAAAGUAUCUAUUUCAGGAAGACCACCACUUUCUUUUCCAACUAGACAUUACAGUCUGAAUAUCACCCAACUGGUUUUAAAUGUAGAAAAUGGGACAUACGAUGUGAGGGUUACAGCAGUUAACAAAGCCGGUGAAUCUCCUACAUCGGUUUUGCUUAUUCCAGCAACUAAUUCAAAAGCUCCUGUGAAGAAUAUUGUUGCAUUUCCUGAAGAUGGCAAACUCUGGGUAAAUUGGACACCUCCCAAAGAGUUAGUUAGUAACUACAUAAUUGAAUGGCAAGAAGCAUGUAGCAAUUUAAACUGCCCUAUUGAUUGGCAGCAGGAACCUGGCUCAAAACGGAGAACAUAUUUAAAAGGAACCAUAAAACCAUACAAGCGUUACAUCAUAACAGUGUAUCCCUUAUAUAGCGGCGGUCAAGGAGAAGGAGAAUCAACACAGGCCUAUCUUCAGCAAGAUGUGCCUGCUACUGGGCCCAGUGUUCAAACAAAGAAACUUGGAAAGUUUGAAGUUAUUUUAGUAUGGGAACCUCUUUCAGUGGAACAGCAAAAUGGGUUUAUCAAAAACUACACCAUUUCCUAUAGAACAGGGACUGGAGAUGAAAAAGUUGUGGCUGUGGACCCUUCAAAAACGGAGUACUUACUAUCAUCCUUAUUAAGUAAUACUUUGUAUGUAGUGCAUAUGACUGCAUACACAGAAAGUGGAGGAACAGCUGGUCCUCAGUUUACAUUUUCUACAAACAGAUUUGAGGAUGGAGAAAUAGAAGCAAUUGUUGUUCCUGUCUGCAUAGCAUUUCUGCUAGUUACUUUAUUGGGUGUAUUAGUUUGCUUCAGCAAACGAGAUAUGAUUAAAAAACACAUCUGGCCUAAUGUGCCUGAUCCUUCAAAAAGUGUAAUUGCUCAGUGGUCACCGCAAACACCAGCUAAGCAUUUUAAUUCAAAAGAGGAAAUAUAUCCAGAGGGCAGUUUUACUGAUGUCAGUGUUGUAGAAAUUGAAGCUGAAGACAAGAAAUCCCUUUCAGAUCAAGAUCUGAAGCCUUUUGACUUGCUUAGAAAAGAGAAGAAUGCCUCAGAAGGUCACAGCAGUGGUAUUGGAGGUUCAUCCUGCAUGUCUUCUCCUCGACAAAGUGUUUCAGAUAGUGAUGAAGGGGAACCUGCUCAGAACACUUCCAGCACUGUGCAGUACUCAACUGUAAUACCCAGCGGCUACCGGGAUCAAAUUCCUUCAGUGCAAGUCUUUGCCAGGUCUGAAUCUACGCAACCUCUCUUAGAUUCAGAAGAGAGGCCAGAGGAUCAACAGAUGCUUGGAAAUGACAGCUCAAUACCCAAGCAUCGUUACUUCAAGCAAAAUGGUAGCUGGGAUGACACAGCCCCAGAUUUCGAAAAAGUCAAACAGAUUUUUCCAGUAAGUGAGGAAGAUACUACCAGGCUUCCAACAUCACAAGUGGGUGAAUCUGGCCCAGAAACAGAUGAAAAGGGAAUGGACUUCGUAACUGCAUUUUCUCCUAACCUAAUGGAGCAGGCUGGGCAGCUUGAAAAUAACACAGAUAUGGUAACAAAUGAAGAGGUGCCCAAGAGCUACCUUCCACAGACUGUACGGCAAGGUGGUUAUAUGCCCCAGUGAAAAGAAAAUACUGUUUUGCUCUGAUAAAUUAAAUAGGUUUUUUUUUUUAAAAAAAAAAUCAUGCUUCAUGUGAAAAUCAGGCUCAUCUAUGGAAGCUAAUUUGGACAACAUGGGAUUUGGGAAAUUUGAACGGACUUUUAAAGGAAACUUUCUAGAUUUCCAUCGAUUUUUUUUCCUUCAAGCACUACAUAUAUUCAACUUCGGAGAUACAUUUAUUACAUUUCAGGUUUGUCCUGGGCAUUCCACUUUGUUUUUAAUGUAGAAUAUAAAGCUACAUUCACUUUCAUAAAGACAUAUAAGUCAUGAGUUUAUAAUUGCAAAUACUUCCCUGCAGUUAAGACCAUAAGAGGUUAAAUUGUAUAUUAUGAAUGCUCCAUUUGUGAUUGUCUAGCACCAAUGUUUCAAGAUAAUGUUUUGACUACAGUAAGAGUUAUCCAGAAGCAAAUAGUUUACUGGCCAAACAAUUGCUUCUGGCGGAAUAUAAACAUUACAUGGGUCUAGCACAGCUGCAUAAUUACCUAAAAAUGUUUCAUUUGCUUGGGCUCUUUCUCUGACUGUAGCAUGUUACUUGUGUCAGCUGAUGAGUGAAUAAUUGAGUGAAUGAUCAGCUAAUUGAAUCACAAUUAUGUCAAAAAGUUGACUGCUAAUAUUUCAUGUUGACUUUUGACUGCCAGUAUUUCAUGCUUUUGUAUCUUGCACUUUGAGCCAUAUCUGCAGAAAUGUAAAUAUUAUAUUUGGAAAUCCUAUAAAGUUAAGUUUGUGUAUAUGCUUAUUUUAUUACCAUAUAAUCAUAGAGGGCAAUUGUUAAAGAAUAUAUACCAUUCUUUUGUUAACCAUUAAAAUGCCAGGUUCUGUAUUCAUCCUGUACAUAAUUAUGAAGGCUGGAAACCACGCAGCUGGGUUAUUGAAGACACCAUGCUGAGCUAUGGUCUUUGUUUUUCAGUUCAGUGUUCUCCUACCUAUGAAGAAAUUUAUUUCUUGGAAAUAUCGGUUCUUUUGGUUCAUACUAGUUUAUUAAAAAUAAUUUCCACAAUGCAUUAAUAGCCUAAAUGUCUUUUGAUGCAGUCCAGGAACACUCAAAAUUUAUAAGAAUUAAAGCUUAUUUGAUGAUUUUUAACUAAUAUGUAUUCAUAUUGGAACUUUAGAAAUUAUCACCAUGAUCAUUUUCAUGAUCCUCUUUUUCUUCAGGAGGGUAUUAUCAGUAGUAACGGACAAUUUAUACAGUAGACAAGCUUAUCAGUUACACAACACAAGCUCAAAAUAUAACCACAAAUAUAUUUAAUACUUUUCAAAAGUUUCAAGUAUGAAAUUGGCUCUGAACAUGGAUGUAUUCUUUCCAUAGCCUUAAAUGGCAUGAUUUUACUCUGCUUUUUCUGCAUGUGUCAUUGUAAUAUUUCCAUGCUUGGGAGUGAAGUCAAUGCAAGCCUAGUUAAUCACAAUUUAUUAUGAUUUGGCUGUUCACAGUUUUCUCUUUCUCAGAAAUUCAAAUUAUUUUUUGAAAGCUAACCAUUUAAUGCCUAUUCAUUGAAAUUAUCCUACGCUGAAUCCUAGAAAAUGAGCAGAACUUGUUAAUUGAUGAAAAAGGAAUGAAUUGUAAAGAUAAUCCACAAUUCUUGCCAAGUUGUCCUCAAAUCCUGAUGGAGAAUUUCCAAGCAUAAUGGAGAAAUUUGAUUCUCUAUCUUGUGGUGUAGUCAGUCCAUUAUUUUGUAUCUCUUUACAUCAAAUUAAAUGUCAUUGCUGUGAAAUCCCUUUCAAUGUUUUUUUAAUGGCACUUCUCAGGUGCUUCUCUGAACCUUUAUAUUUUUAAAAGUUUUCAGUCUACCAUGUAAGCAAACCAUUUUGAACAUGUUUCCUCUUAAAUACAGCAAAUAAAAUCAAUUAAUUUUAUAAUUCCUAUAUAUUCUAAUUGUGGAAUGCACCAAGAGUGUUCGUUAACAUUGUACAAAAGCACUGCUAUCUAAAUUGAAGAGUACUAUGUGUCAUGGUGUUACUCAAAAAACAAAUUACAUCACAACAGUGUAACUUCAAAUAUAUAAGAAUGGUGCUCAGAAUUGUAUUACUUCCUUAUAAUUUCUCCAACCUUUUCACCACCUGUAUUAAUCUCCUAAAUUUUUAGUUGGAAAAUCUUUGCAUUGUUAGUUCUCACUUGGAGUAUACUUUAUAAUAUACUUGCUAGCACACAGAGCAUUUUCUCAAGUUCACAAUUACUACCUUAAUCUGGAAAAUGAUAGAACAGUGUGACAGUAUCUCAAAAAUUCCCGCUAGCAAAGGGAUGGAAAAAGGGCUGGUUUUAUUGUUUGUUUAAAAUACCAGCUCUCAAGCUGGGUUAAUUUUUUUUUAAAAAAAAUAGCCUUCAAACCAAGUUUCCCCCAAAGAGACUUUCAAUCUGAGCAAGGUUUAGAGUAUUGGGCUUUGCUUUCUAAAAAUGGAUUCCCCCAUGGAAAAAUUUGACAUUGAAAGCCGAGAUAGGGAGCCUCAGUUCCUUCCUUCAAGGUUGGAGUUUUUCCUGAUCUCCAAGAAGGAAACUCAUCAGUCUUAUGACUCCUGCUGGAACAGUAUUUUUUUCAAAUUUGGCAGCUUUCUGAUGAAUGAAAUACUGGCUGAGGAAUUGUGUUUAAAGCCCCCUCAUCUUAAAAGUUGCCAAGCUUAAAAAAUGAUAGACUAUCACAGGGGACAUAUUUCAGCAUAAAUGUAUUUUUACAAAUUUGAUUUAAUCACAUUUUAAGCCUCAAUUUCUUCAUUACUAUGAAACAAAUUAAUCAACCUAUCAUUACCAUUAUUUUUUAAAGUAAGCAUUGACUCCAGUGUUGGAAUUGGAACAUAAUUCUUUUUGUUGCAAUUUAUAUCAUCAUGGUAUGUAGCCCUUAGUUUUACCAUUAUUGUGAACAUCCACUCAAGUCAAUUUGGUAUUAAGUUCUAAUAAAAUUCAUCAGAUAAAUUGAAUGUUGCAUUGUAAAAAUUUGUGACUGAAUAGGUACAGAAUAACAAUAUAACACUUUUAACUAAAAUAGUUCAAAGUAAUUCUAUACCUCGAUUUUUUAAAACAUACAAUGAAAAAGCAAGUAUUCGAGGUUUACUUUUAUUACAUCUGAAAUAAAUUGAUAUGAUUAGGAAAGUGUUUAAUCCUGAGACUUACAAUCAGAACUUCCUUGCAUGUCAAUAGGAAUGCUGCUUGCUCUUCAUGCCUUAAGCUUGAGGGCAGAUUAGUAGGAAAGGAAGAAAAGCCAAGAAAAGUUACAAUGAUUUUAAGGGUUGUUUUCUUUUUUGUUUUGACCUGUUCCUCAGGUGAAACCAACAAUUUAACUUUAGUGUUAUUAUAUAUCAAAGCAGUUAUUAAUAUAUGUAGAGACUGCGUGAAUAAAUAAGCUGCUUACUUACUGAAAUAUCUAUUAA